AGCUGACGCCUCCCGCCACGCCUCUCUCUAGAUAUAUACUCGGGUACUAUGCCAACAAAAUCUUACUAACACCCACACAACCGGCAUACUCAACUCAUUAGCAUUCAUAGCAAGCUUUCAAGCUUUGAUUAAUCAUGGACACCCAAUAUCCUACCGAACCCUUUGCCCCAAAAGCCCCGAGCGAGAAGCGUCGCUGGAACUACGAUGAGGAAAGCCAGCUCAUCCGUCUCAUUGAAAUAGAGACAAAGACUUAUGAGCAAGCAGCGCAGGUCCUUAACCGUUCCUCAUAUGCUGUCCAGCAUCGCUACGCCAUCAUCCGACAAAGGGACGUGAGCGCCACCAUAACCUGGACUCCCGAACUCGAUGCCGCUGUCAUCGACGGACACCGCCGUUUGCAGAAGCCCAAAGCCAUCUCUCGCGAGAUGAGCGUACCGGUUGAAGCCAUUCAAUCUAGAUGGCAAGCCCUCAAGAUUAUGAAAAAAGUACCGCAAGAUGUCAUCGAUCUACAGCGGCGCAAAAAGCUUCGUGAUUUCACUCCGGAAGACGACGAAGCAAUUCUGCGGUUGUAUGUAGAGGGUAAUGAGGACAAGGAGAUUGCGCAAACGCUGAAGAUAAAAGGGAAAAGUCAGACAGAGGUAAUAAACAGAAGAAGGAAGUUGGUCGCGGAUAGUUCGCCGAUUUAUAGGCGAUUAGUAAGUAUACACAAUGGUACGUGGAACGGGAAUAGGGCCAAAAUGGAGACGGAAGCCCUGGAAGUGGCGGUGGGCAGAGAUAAGUAUGAGUGGAUGGAGGAGGAGACAUAA